AUGGUAGUUUCAAAGAAACCUUUCAUUUAUACUGUUGGAGCGGUUUUAAUUAUAGUUUUAAUAUUUCAAAUGAAUUAUUAUUUUAGAAUCGAUUCAAAAUUAACAGAAAGAGAUGUAAAAAAUUCAGUAAAUGGUGGAAUAUCAGGAGGAAUAAAUAGGAAUGUGGUAGGAGAAGAGAUAGAUCCAACCAUAUUUGUAUCAUUAGCAGCAUAUAGGGAUGUAUUUUGUUCAGACACUAUAAAUUAUAUAUUUAAUCAUGCCAAUCGACCAGAGAAAAUAUUCAUUGGUAUAGUAGAUCAAGGAUCAGAGUUUUUAGAGGAAGAUCCAAAUCAAGAUCCAUCAUUUCCAAAUUCAUACUGUUAUAGGGGGUUAAAGGUAGCACCCGAAUUGAUACAAUCAAAUGUUAGAAGAAUAGCAUUGACAGUGGCACAAUCGAAAGGACCAACAUUAGCACGUUAUUAUGCAACAACCCUCUACAACAAUGAGACAUAUUUCAUGCAAGUCGAUAGUCAUCUACGUUUUAUUAAAGGUUGGGAUUCAUUGAUUAUCAAUGAUCUUUGGUUGACAAAAUCAUACGCACCUAUUGGUGAAAAUGGUAUACCACGUACCGUAUUAACUCAUUAUCCAAUGGCUUACAAUGUUGAAGAUAGUGGUUUACCAGUGAUUGAUCAAACAGGUGUACCAAGAUUAUGUAAAGGUGAAUUCAAUUCUCGUGGUAUCAUCACCUUCAAUUCAUUCAUCCUAAAGGCAACAACUAAGCCUGCCGAAUGUCCUUACAUUGCCGCUGGUUUCUUUUUCACCUCUGGUGAAGCAAUUAAAUUGGUACCAUUUGAUCCUCAUCUUUCAAAUCUAUUCGAAGGUGAAGAAAUUCUAUACAGUGUUAGAAUGUAUUCAGCUGGAUUUAGAUUCUUUGCUCCAACUCUCAACGUUUGUUUUCACUAUUACUCUCGUCCAAAAUCUCCAAAAUUCUGGGAAGAUAAUAAACAAUACUAUUUAGAUAUGCAAAAAUCGGUUGAACGUUUAAAAUACAUCUUACGUUGGCCUUUAGAGAAUACUCCUGAUCUCUCUGAACCACAAUUUGCUGAAAUCGAUAAAUAUACCAUUGCUAAUACUACCAUUUUAACUGAAUAUUAUCAACGUUGGAAAAUUGAUGUUGAAAAUAAAAAAGUACAUUGGCAUCAAUUUUGUGAUCAACAACCUCCACAAGAAUAA